AUGUACUCCGGACUUUUUGUGCGACUAUCCUCAGUGACCAACGUAUGUCUCCAAAAUAAUUUGAAACACCUGAGUAGACAUGGGUGUUUAAUACUUCCUAUAAAUUCAAUACUGUUAAAUGAAACUGGUGUCAGCUUUCGUGGCGCGUCACUUUUCAGAAGAAAAAUUAGCAGUGGUACCACCUUAAAGAUGGCGGAUGAAGUGGAGAAGGCCAAAUCAGCUGUACCGGGUGGUGAUACAAUAUUUGGUAAAAUAUUACGGAAAGAGAUACCAUGCAGUUUCAUUUACGAAGAUGAUAAGUGUGUCGCUUUUAAGGAUGUAAAUCCUCAGGCGCCGAUUCAUUUCUUGGUGAUUCCACGCAAACCAAUUGAACAACUCUCGAAAGCUGGCGAUGAAGAUUCAGAACUACUCGGUCACCUGAUGACCGUGGCCCGGAAGGUGGCCAAGCAGCAAGGGCUGAACGAUGGCUUCCGGCUGGUGGUGAACGACGGCGCGGACGGAUGCCAGUCCGUGUUCCACCUCCACCUGCACGUCCUGGGCGGAAGGCAGCUGGGCUGGCCGCCCGGCUAACUCGCGUGACCUCGGGUCAUACCUUUGAAUAUAUAUACCGUAUAGAAGUCGCGAGUGGAUAGGAUUUACUAUACGUGUUUCAGGAGUGCAUGAUGAGCAGCUCGGGAACUCCACCGCUGCAGUGCGCUGCCGUAACGCCCUGUAUCGUCUUAGGUUGUUAUUUACACGUUAGAGCGCAGCACUGUCGCCCGCUGUCAUUCCCCCGCACCCCCCAUCACCCAUCAUUCACUGCAGCUCAGAUCGUUCAACAGGAGGGGGAAGGGGUGUUUGAAGAGUUCGACACUUGUCCGCUAGGGUCGAUGCCCUGGAGAUGGUGGCGAUUUGCGGCGGUGAAUUAACCAACUACGUCAAACCGUAUUAGAAAUUUUAACCUGGGCCGGCGACUUCUAUACAGUAUAUAUAUUCAAAGGUCAUACUGUCACAUGUGAAUGGGAUGAAUAAAUGUAACCAAUGCACUAAAAGCACUCUUUGAACUUGUAUCAAAUCUUUAAAAAAAUAUAAAGAUUGCAUACCUUCA